CUCUCUCCCUCUCUCUCUCUCUCUCCCAACGGGAUAAGGACCUCGAGCCGUGGCCGAUGCUCGCUCAGAAUAGCGGAAAAUUAUUCGUUUGUGAGCUAGCUAGCUAGUAAAUUAGUAAGUUAGUGGAUGUCUGGAACCUAGGUUGAGUGGGAUUAGUCAGAGAUGCGGUUCUCUUCUUUCCCCUCUUCAUUAUGGAUCUCGGAAAUUGAAUUAAUUAAGGGAAGGUCGAAAGGACUGAUCUGGAACCCUCGGGAGGAGUCGAGGAUUCUUGGUUGGGCCUUUCUUGGUUCUGGUCCACUACCGGUUAGUAUCCAGCGAUAAUUCAGCGCGGGAGAGAUGGGGGUGCCUUGACCUUGGCAGCAUCUUCUUGUCUUUCGUCUUGUUUAUACUGGACUGGUAGAUGACAGGCUGCAGGAGACGAUGGAGACGCGGGAUGGGACGAGAUUAAUGACUUCAUGAUGAUGUGGCUGACCAUCGUAGAUGUGAUUGACUCCAGUUAGUUAUGAUUGUUCUUAUGUUAUGCCGCGUAUGCUAAGCCAAG